AUCAAUGUCUUUCAAUGACUAAAACUAUUAGUUUGAGACUGGCUAAAACUUUACAAACUCAGAUGUGAAAGCUAUCCCACAAAUCCCAGUCACAUUUCUAGCCAUAGCUCAUAGAACCUCAGCUGUCAUACAGAACAGGUGGAGGACAAUAAUAGCCCACUAGUUUCAUUCCACCAAGGGGAAUCGGAAGCUGCAAAGUCUUCAACCGCAAGAUCUUCAACAGCCUGAAAUGUCAUCAUUCCAAACAAGAAACUAAAGAAGAAGAGAACUGAGAGGGGCGAAAGGAAAUGGAUUUUACGAUUAAACAUCUUAUUCUCCUCUUAAUAUCAGCCGGAACCGUCCUCGCUUCCGAAGAUGAAACGCGGCUCAUUGCAGACCUCUUCAGAAAUUACAACAAAGUUGUUCGUCCAGUUGAGACAUUUAGUGAUAAAGUCGUGGUAACGGUUGGACUUCAGCUGAUACAACUGAUUAAUGUGGAUGAAGUAAAUCAGAUUGUGUCAACCAAUGUCCGGCUGAAACAGCAAUGGGUGGAUGUUAACCUGAAAUGGAACCCAGCAGAUUAUGGAGGGGUAGAAAAAAUCCGUGUUCCAUCUGGGUAUAUUUGGCAACCAGAUUUCGUUCUUUACAACAAUGGAAAUGGGGAAUUUGCCAUUACAAAGGAGACUAAGAUUCUUCUGGAUUACACAGGAAAAAUUGUAUGGACCCCUCCAGCGAUUUUCAAAAGCUACUGUGAGAUUAUAGUCACCUAUUUCCCAUUCGACCAGCAGAACUGCAGCAUGAAACUUGGCACCUGGACCUAUGAUGGCACUUUAGUAGUUAUAAAUCCGGAAAGUGACCGUCCAGACUUGAGCAACUUCAUGGAGAGCGGGGAAUGGGCAAUGAAGGAUUAUCGAUGCUGGAAGCAUUGGGUUUAUUACACCUGCUGCCCCGAUAAGCCAUACCUGGACAUCACCUACCACUUUGUGCUGCAGCGCCUGCCUCUUUAUUUCAUUGUCAACGUUAUCAUUCCCUGUGUUCUUUUUUCUUUCCUUACUGGAUUAGUGUUUUAUCUGCCAACGGAUUCAGGCGAGAAGAUGACACUAAGUAUCUCUGUAUUGCUGUCACUGACGGUGUUUCUUCUGGUCAUCGUUGAGCUGAUCCCUUCAACCUCAAGCGCAGUGCCUUUAAUUGGCAAAUACAUGUUAUUUACUAUGGUGUUUGUCAUUGCUUCGAUCAUCAUCACCGUAAUAGUCAUAAAUACUCAUCAUAGAUCUCCAAGUACUCACACAAUGCCCCAGUGGGUGAGGAAGGUUUUUAUAGAAACCAUCCCAAAUAUCAUGUUCUUCUCUACAAUGAAACGUCCUUCACAAGAAAAGGCUGGCAAGCAUCUUUUUUCCGAGGAUAUUGACAUAUCGGAAAUUUCGGGAAAACUUGGACCAGCGGCAGUGAUUUAUCAGUCUCCGAUAUUAAAGAACCCGGAUGUGAAGAGUGCUAUAGAAGGAGUCAAGUACAUUGCAGAGACCAUGAAGUCAGACCAAGAAUCCAAUAAGGCAUCAGAAGAAUGGAAGUUUGUGGCAAUGGUGUUGGAUCACAUCCUCCUUGCAGUCUUCAUGACCGUCUGCGUCAUUGGAACAAUUGCCGUGUUUGGUGGCCAUCUACUUAACAUGGAGGGCUGAAGUAUACAAGGAUAGAACAUGUGAAUAAUUCCAGACUGUGCCAUUUAAUGAUCAUUAAUGGUGUAUUUGCUCCAAUUUUUUAUGUUAUAACUUAUGAAGGGUGUGCUCCAAAAAGAAUAUUGUAGGGUCCAAUGGGACCACUUGGCAUUAUCCGGCCCCUAGGCCAGAAGGUGUCAGCCCUCCCCUGUACCUAUACUCAACGUUGUAAUCAGAUCCAGCUCAUAACUAUUCUUAGCCAGGAAACCAUCCAUCUAUAAUGCCACAUACAUGUUUAAAAAUAUUCCAGAUUUUAAUUUUUUGUUAUCAAAAAGUUAAGAUUAUUCAUUUGUUUGCUUAAUUUGCUUUUACAAUCUGUAGUUUUUGAGACCCUAAUGGAAUCAAUAUUGCAUAUUGUACAAAAUAUGAAUUACAACAAACAUGAAAAAAGGAAAAAUGGUUUAAUGAACAAAUGGACAGGAAAAAGUACAAAACAUAUGUUCAUUAGGGUACGAAGGGGUUAAUGUGAUCAAUGAUUGUAUGCUUGGAUUGUAUUAAACUUUAUUUGAUAAUACCAUUA